GUAUAAGAAGGAAGAAUUAGAUGACAUUCAUGAGCACACCAGACAAAUGCUAGAACCUUGAUCACCAAGUAAAAUCCCAAUUCCCCAUUAUUCUUUAUUGUCGUCUCUGCUCGCAUAUUUUAUUACCAUUUAAUCCUGCACAAGCCAACCAUGACUGUUGAUGGAUUAUAUUAUGCCGAUUGAAUCAUAUUGAUGGAUUAUAUCAUGCUGAUUCAAUCAUAUUUGUGCAAAGUCUUCGUUCAAUAAUCAUGUCUGGGGCUCCUCCUCCAUCCCCACGAGCCAACAAUUCCUCUGCAAAUGGAAACAAUGAUGAAUUCAAUGAUUAUUUGGAGAAAUUGGGGAGAUCUCUGAGUGGUAUAAAUUUGGGUCUGCCCUCCAAGAAGAUGAAUACUAAUGACUGCAAUCUUUCUAUGAUUGACAUGUUGGGAGAAAGAGAUCAAGUGGUGAAGAAAUUAGCAGAGGCUGCUAAGGAAUUCGGGUGUUUUCAGGUGAUCAAUCAUGGGGUCUCUUUACAGACUGUGGCCAGAGCAGAAGAAGAAAGCAAUCGAUUGUUUCAGCUGCCUCUGCAGAAAAAGGAGGAAAUAUCUGGGGGCCUUGGAUCUCCUUUUGGGUUUGAUGAUGAUGGCAGUGAUGACAGUAAGAAAGAAUGGUUUUUUCUGCAGACAGGCUCACACCAUAUUCAAGACUUUCUCAGAGAUAUCUGGCCCGAAGGCUGUGUUGAUUUCAGUUGCGCCAUGGGAGAGUACUGUGAUGCAUUGCAGAGAGUGGAAGGGGAGAUCCUGGAGCUUCUAUUGGAGGGCUUGGGGGGCGAAUGGGGAAAAGAUGAGAGAACCCAUUUCUUAGCAGAGGUUGAAUCCAAUGAUUCUUCGGUACUGUGCAUCACUAAUCACAAGGGAUUCUGUCAUUCAGAAGACCAAGAUCGAAUCAGACUUGCGCUUCCCUUCAUCCUCUGUUUGCAGUAUCAAACCAGCGCCUCCUUUGCUGCCCAACUCUUCCUCCACAACACCUGGGUUUCAGUCUUUCCACAACCUGGCUCCCUCUUUGUCAUUGUGGGCGAUAUUCUUAAUGUAUGGAGUAAUGGAGAAUACAAGAGUGUGGUUGUAAGGCCAGUGCCAGGGCGCAUGGAAGAGGCUUUUGCAGUUAUGGCACUUAUCCGCUCGCCAUCCACAGAUAUGAGCAUUAGCCCAAUAUUGGAGGCUCUGGAUUCUGAUAAGAAAAAGCCUGUGUAUAGCUCCAUUGAUUUGAAGGAAUACACCUCUCGGGUUCUUCGCCAAAGAUUUGUGUUUGAAGAUCCUCUUCAACGCUACAGAAUUGAUUGAGCUCAGGGUCAUCGUAGAUUGUAAUCUGCUGUCAUGGAUGGUAAAAAUUGUGCAUGCCGACAUGAUUUGAUUGCUUUUGUCUUUUAUCUGUCGCGACAGGCAUAAAAUCCAAGGCAUUGCACAAGAAAAUGUCUGCCAAUCAAUCAAUCACUGUAGAAAUUAUAUCACUUGUUUGUUUAUCCCUCCAACAAGUUGCAUCUCCACUUUCCGUAAAUGAAAAAUAAAAAUAAAAAACAUUUUUCAUCA